AUGCCGUUAGCACGCUCUUCAGAUCCGUUGGUGUGGAUUGACUGUGAGAUGACGGGCCUUGACUCCGAGAAUGAUCAAAUCCUUCAAAUAUGCUGCUUCAUCACCGACGCAAAGCUCAACCUACUUGAGCCCACCGGCUUCGAAGCCGUCAUCCACCAGCCCAAAUCCACCCUCGACGCCAUGUCUCAGUGGUGUAUUGACACACACGGUCGCACGGGUCUCACAUCCGCCGUUCUCGCCUCAACCACCUCCCCCUCCACCGCCGCGGCAGAUCUCCUGGCCUACAUCCAGAAAUAUGUGCCCCAGCCUCGAACAGGGCUGCUGGCAGGGAAUAGUGUGCAUGCAGACAAGGCCUUCCUUGCCAAGGGCCCGUAUGCGCAGGUCCUGGAGUGGCUACACUAUCGGAUUGUGGACGUGAGUACGAUCAAGGAGGCUGCGAGAAGGUGGGGGAGUGAUGAGCUGUUGCAAGCUGUCCCCCCUAAGCGGGAGGUGCAUUUGGCCAAGGAUGAUAUACUGGAGAGUAUCGAGGAGAUGCGAUUCUACAAAGGACGACUGUUUGGGUGA